UUUUAAUAUAUAAGAUCUUGUCAUGUACAACGCAUGCGUCGUACGAUUGUACCAAGCGUGCAUACUCAACCGUGGGAGUUUAUUUAGCUUGUCUACUUUAGGCCUAGGAUAUUCUUAAAAACCACGGCCUUUAUAAGUUGUAUGAUAAAUAAACAGCCAUCAUGAAAUGUCAUUAUGAGGUUUUAGGUGUUAAGCAAGAUGCUACUGACAGCUGUUUAAAAAAAGCUUACAGGAAAUUGGCACUGCAGUGGCAUCCAGACAAGAAUCCAGACCGUGUUGAUGAAUGUACUGCACAGUUUACUGUCAUACAACAAGCCUAUGAUGUACUGAGUGACCCCCAGGAACGUGCAUGGUAUGAUAAACACAGGGAAGCCAUUAUCCGUGGAGGAUUUGGUGAUGACUAUAAAGACGACUUCAUUGAUCUAGUUCCUUAUUUUUCACCAUCAUGUUACUCCGGUUUCACUGACGGCGCAAAGGCAUUUUAUUCUGUUUAUGGAGAUGUAUUUCACAAAAUUGCUGAGGAGGAUAAGCGUUUUAUGGAUUCCGACUCAAGUGAUUAUGACAUUCCUGAAUUUGGGAACUCUAAAAGUGAUUAUGAAGAGGUUGUCCACAUAUUCUAUGCGUAUUGGCAAAGCUACAGCUCAUCACGGUCAUUUGUUUGGGUGGAAAAAUAUGACACACGAGAAGCGCCUAAUCGACAAAUUUCACGCCUGAUGGAGAAAGACAAUAAGAAACUUAGAGAUAAAGCAAAAAAAGCAUGGAAUGGUCAUGUCAGGGAUUUAGUGACAAUUGUAAAGAAACGUGAUAAACGAGUUCAAGCACGGAAGGCAUUGAUGGAAGAGAAAGCUGCUGAAAGAUGCAAACUAGAAGCAGAGAGAAAAUUGAAACAAACAAAAGAAAGAGCCAAGCGUCAUGAGGAAUAUGCAAAAGAGGGUUUGAAAGCUAGGGAAGACAUGGAGGAAGAUCUACAGGCAAUGGAGGCAAAGAUGAAUGAGGAGUUUGGCACAAACUCAGCUGAAAGUCUAGAUGGAUCCUAUGGUUCAGACUCAGAUGAGAUAUUCAGUGACCUGUUUUGCAUUGCUUGUAACAAAGAAUUUAAAAGUGACAAAGCGUAAGUCAAAAAUGGUUGUGCAUGCUAAUAUUGUAAGUAUACAAGUAGC